GGCAACAUCUACAAGCUCGAGGAUUCGGCGAUGUUCUCGCCUGAUCUGGAGAACGACAAGCCCUAUGUCGGCAUCAUCAAGGGUAUAAUUGAAGUUGAUGGGAGCUUAUCCGUAAGUGCUCAGUGGUUUUAUAGACCAGAAGAAGCCGAGAAAGAGGGUGGUGACCCAAGGGAGUUAUUUUAUAGUUUUCAUAUUGAUGAAGUGCCAGCAGAGUCAGUUAUGCACAUGUGUGUGGUCCAUUUCAUUCCUGAGCACAAGCAGGUGCCAAGUAAAAAGGAACACCCUGGAUUCAUUGUCCAACAGGUGUAUGACCACAGAGAGGAGAAGAUGUAUAAAAUAACGGAUAAGGACUAUGAGGAUGACAAGCAGCAUCAGAUUGAUCUCCUUAUUAUGAAAACAAUAGACCGUAUUGGGAGGCUUCCAGAUCGUGAUCCUGAAGAUAUACCUGGUGACAACACUGAUAAAUUAUCAAGACGAGGCUUGCGGAAGAGACCUCUGAAGCCUAAAGAUGUUCCAAGAGAUGCUUCUACAGGCAUAUCUGAGCAAUUCAGAAGAGAAGAUACACCCGUGAAUGAUAAUCUGAAGUAUUUUGCCAUCCUUGUCAGACAUGAAGUGAUUACUGGUAACCAGUAUCGUGAUUGGUGGCUUGAUAAAUUUGUAGACACUAUUCUGGCACUCCCUCAUUCAAGAAAUGAUAAUGAAAAUUCUUAUGCACCUAAUGAGGUUGUUCCAAUAAUAGCCUCCUUAGAAAGAUCAACGUUUGAAGCUCUUCAUGCAGACUACCAUAAGUAUAACCAGAAAAUGAGAACAUUAUUGUUCAAUAUCAAGGAAAGAACAAGUUACUAACACUUCUUCAGGGAAGAACAAGAAAUUAUCAUUUUUACAGGGAAAAGAAUAAAGUUACCUGAGCAAGUGCUCCACCGCCGCAAUGAUGUUUGGGAUUGAUCUCAACAUGAGUCCUCAACAAGAUAAUGCCUCAGAACUUGCAGAUCAACAGGAAGAACACAAUAGUCAACAACGAUACAACCAUGAAGAACCAGGCAAUAAUGAAGCAACAGGGGAAGAAGCAAGUGGUGUAGAGGAACCAAUUCAUGAAGAAGCAAGUGGUGUAGAGGAAGCAAGUGCUGUACAGAAACCAAUCCAUGGGGAACUCACAAAUGAGGAGAGAUAUGGUAUUUAUUUUGCACUCAUGGUGAUCAAGACCCAAAAUGGACAAGUUCUGAAAAAAGACAAGGAGGUCAUUGCUAGCCUACUCGAUACAAUCGUAAGAACUGUUGAGAGAAUAUGGGAAAGAGCUCUUAAACAGAUUGAAAAAGGGGAGAAAGUUGAUGUCUCGAAUCAAAAGCUAGGUAGAGUUGGCCGCAAGCGGAAAGAUUUGGAUCUGUCGAGGGUGGUGAAAAUCCCAUUGAACAGAAGGAGAACAUUGCAAGGUCUGUCAAAGGCAUUGGGUGUAAGUUGCACGACCUUAUACUCAAGGUUCGAGUGGGGUCAUUUGAGGCAUCACAUUAAUAAGUUGAGGCCCCACUUAAACCUAUCCAACAUUGUAAAGAGAUUGAAAUGGUGCUUGGCUAUGUGUGAAGAUUAUUGGUCUGCGACAUGGGAAUUAGACAACAUAGCCUACAUGGAUGAAAAGUGGUUCAACAUGACUGGGGAGGUGAACAACUACUAUUUGCUUCCCGAGGAACCCGACCCCUUGCGCACCUUGCAUCAUAAGGAUAGCAUCACCAAGGUGAUGUUUCUCGCAGCCGUGGCUAAACCAACAUACGGCAAAGGUGGUGAGGUCACUUUUGAUGGAAAGCUCGACAUUUGGGCUUUUGUCACAAAGUCUCCUGCUCAAAGAACCAGUGAAAACAGAGAUAAAGGGACGCUCGAGCUCAAAUCAUUGAAAGUCACACGAGAUGUAAUGAGGUAUUACAUGUGUGAGAAACUUAUUCCUGUGAUCCAAGAGCGCUGGCCGGACGAAGAUGAAGGACGUUCAAUCUAUAUCCAACAAGAUAAUGCCACGCCACAUAUUCUUCCGAUGACCCGGUUUUCCGACAAGUCAUAGAACAGACUGAUUUGGAUAUUAAGUUGCUUCAACAGCCUCCAAACAGUCCCGACAUGAACAUUCUUGAUCUCUGCAUAUUCAGGUCUAUCCAGUCCCACACCGAUAGCAGAGCACCUCAAAGCAUCAGGGAACUGAUAGAAGGUGUGGAGGAGGAAUAUCGAAACUACCCGGUUGAUAAGCUAGCUAGAAGCUUUGUGACGCUGCAGUCAUGCAUCCGAGAAGUAAUGAGAAACAAGGGAGCGAUAAACUACUCGAUCCCUCACAUGAACAAGGAACGCCGGCAGGCAGAAGGACGACUUCCUAUAGCUCUAUCUAUCGACCGUGAGCUAGUUGAACAGACCAUAGCCUUUAUAGAAGA